GCGGUAAGAUGAGAGAGAAACCUCUGGGUCUUCACUGAACGACAACACUGUGCGUAAAAGCCAGUUUACCAGCGGAUGCGCAGCGUCGUAGGAACCUCAGCAAUGACACUGAUCCUCCAGUGAACUCACGCAAAUAUUGACAGCAGUGGGGAGAGCGGCGAAGAAAAGUGGUUGCAUGGCACCGCAGUCGUGCGUAAUGAAUCCUGCGCAAGGAUCAUCGGCCUUGGAGACAUCGUUUCAGGAUAAAGCCGUUUGUGGAGCUCCAGCCGAGGAGCUGGACAUGGCACCUGGUAGGAGAUAUAAAACCAAAAGUUCAGAGCUGCCUUUCAGUGUGGAAUCCCUCAUAUCGGACAGACCCUCUCCGUGCAGCAGCCUCCACCCCUUCGAGCUUGGCUCAGGCUGCGUCCGCACGGAGGAGGUCGGGUGUGCGUCACCAAGAGGGGUCUGUGGAUCCCAACUGGAGGCGGUGGACCUCAGCGACAGGGAGAGCACCUGGCUCCAGGAUCCCUACCCUUUACGUACAAGAAUCCCCAGCCCAACUGCGUGCAACCUGCGGAAACACAAGAACAACAGGAAACCCAGGACCCCCUUCACGACCUCCCAGCUGCUCUCACUGGAGAGGAAGUUCCGUCAGAAACAGUACCUGUCCAUCGCGGAGAGAGCAGAGUUCUCCAGCUCCCUAAACCUCACAGAGACCCAGGUCAAGAUCUGGUUUCAGAACCGCAGAGCCAAAGCCAAGAGACUGCAGGAGGCCGAGCUGGAGAAGUUUAAGUUGGCUGCGAAGCCGCUGCUGCCGACCUUCGCCUUCCCUUUCCCGCUGAGCGCACCCCUGGGCGCAGCGUCUCUGUACGGAGCCCGGCCUGCCUUCCCCGUCCCCGGACUACUCAGCAGGCCUUACGGGAUGUACUACUUGUCUUAACUUAACUCUUUUCAGGACGCUUCGUUGGGAGAUUAUUCUUCAAAUAUGUUUUCAUAAGAAAAGAAGGGCAUACGCAUUUUUAUUUGUCACUGUAUUGCAACAGGGAAAUUUCGGUGACACGUCACCAUAGUAACGGUAAAAAACGUAAACAUAUAUAAAAACAAAGCAGCUGACACAGAUAAAAUCACCAUAUGCAAUAAGUGAAGGUGUAGGCAGAGACUGCGGUUAUUGCGCACCAUUAUUGCACAUUCUGUUCAUAAAGACUGGAUGGGGUGGAUGGGUUGUGAAAUAACAAAUUAUACAAAAAAUGUCUAUCCGAUAGUUUUUACAGUGCUUAUUAUAAAUUGUAUGACAUUUAUUGUCCCUAUAGUUGGGGUGAAAAUAUUAUAUAAAUAUUUUUACAAGAA